AUGGCUGUGUUUCCGGCGACAGCUUUGCCGGUUGGGUACAGAUUCCGGCCGACGGACGAGGAGCUUAUCGACCACUAUCUAAGGAACAAAAUCAAUAGGCGGGACAAGGAAGUCAGUGUGAUUCGUGAAAUUGAUAUCUGCAAGCAGGAGCCCUGGGAUUUGCCACAUUUGUCUAUGAUACAGUCUAAGGACAAUGAUUGGUUCUUCUUCUGCCCAAAGGAUAGAAAAUAUCAAAAUGGACAAAGAUUAAACCGAGCAACAUUAAAGGGCUACUGGAAAGCAACGGGUCGAGAUAGAACCAUAAAAUCCCGAAAGGGUGAAAUCGGAUUGAAGAAGACUUUGGUUUUCUACACUGGCCGUGCACCCAAUGGCAAGAGGACACAUUGGGUGAUACAUGAGUAUCGUGCAACUGAUAAGUCGCUUGAUGGCACGCAUCCCGGUCAGAGUUCCUAUGUGCUCUGCCGCCUGUUCAAAAAGGCUGAUCUGAAAAAAGAUGAGGGCUGUGAAGUUGAUGUGAUUCCAGCAUCUCCCAGUGAAUUUAAAUCCUCUGCUGACGACGAACAAUCAGAAUCAGUUACUCCUAAUUUUGGUGGUUCAACUGGAAUGCAAUUUUCCAGUUUUGAAAGCGGCCCAAGUUUUGAUUCAGAAAAAGCUAUUGAUGUGGCGCCUUUACCUAUUGACUUGCAUGGUAAUAGUGAUGUGAUUGAGGACAAUGUGAUGGGCACACCGUUUAUUCAAUCUAGUGCAGAACUGGAAAAAAUGUUGGCAGACUUUUAUUCCCCCGCGGAGCAAACAUUGGAUAGCAAAAUAUUCUCCCCUUCGCACUCACAAAGUCAAUCGGACCUUGGAAAUCCGUAUGAGUACAGCUCUUUUACUGGUGACAUCAUCAACCAUGGCCAGCAAAAUAUCCCUUUUCAGUAUGGAUCUAAUAAUGUCACGGCCGAUAUUACCGAUUUCUUGAACUCGGUUCUAAUUGAUCCCGAGGAUCAGGGUUACGAGCAGAGCUUCUCUAAGUCUCUUUUUGAGAGUCCUAAGUACAUCAAUGUGCUUCAGUUGGUUAAUGAAAGUAACCCAAGCUGUGAAUCAGAGGAUGAGGUGUGCUCGGAUCAGGUGAUUGAGGAAAAUAGCAAGCAAAAUGGUUCCGGCUCGGGAGUUGUUUUGAUAACACGCCAGAAUUUAAAUCAACCUACUGUACACAACUUGACGGAUCACGGAACUGCACCUAAAAGAAUUCGCCUGCAGAAGAAAAUUCAAGUGGGGCCCGUUUAUCGCAGUCUUCAUAAGAAGUCGAGUGAUUGCAAAAUGAUGAACUGUAAACCCGACUCUACUGAGGACAAUAAUAAAGUAGCUGAGGUACCAGACGAAUUAAAGAAAUCGAGCUCUAAGGAGUCGAAUAAAUCGAGCUCUAAGGAGUCGAAUAAAUCGAGCUCUGGGACCACAUGUAAUAAAGUACUCGUGGCCAUUAGUCUCACAACCGUGCUAGUUGCUAUAUUGGGUUAUUUCGUGUUUUGA